AUGGCUGCACAGCUGGCCUCCCGCGCUCUUCACUACGGCUGUACAGUGGUAGCAAGUAUCUUCAUUGUGGCCAGCUGUCUUAUGAAAUGCAGUCCGGGAAAGAAAAGCAAGAAAGCUCGGGGCAAGAGGCGCUCUAAGCAUCGAGUUCGAGUUUUGGUCGUCGUGACCACUUUGGUGGUUUUCACAUAUGUCGCUCAAACAGCAUUGAAUAUUGCCACCCAUGACCUGGACCACUCCCAGCCGUUCCUGGUGCAUAUGACCUCUCUGGCAGUCGUAUGGGCUGCGGUGUCGCUCCGGCAACAACAUUCCUCCAAGUACGAAGUGGCUGGUGCUUCUUCGGUCACCGCUGCUUUCGAAAUUCCACUCCUUGCGCUAUCCUUGAGUCACAAACCGAGACAGUGGGAGCCAAUCGCACAGGUUACCAUUUCGUCGGUCCGUCUAUUCUUGCUCCUCAUCGUGGUAGCUGCGAUCCUAUUGGAAAUCAGACCACGGAAGAAGAAGAACUCCGAGGAAUCGCGUCCAUUUUUGAAUGGAAACAACACGACUUAUGGUGCAGUCAAUGGAAACCACUCAGAUAACAGCAGUGUAAAUUCCGAUAGUGAGAGCGAGUCGGACGCAGACACCAAGAAAGGUAGAGAGGCACGGGUGAAAAAGCUUCGCAAUGAACAAUUGCAGACAUUUGGUGGUUGGUGGGAAUACCUGAAGGGCUUUUCAAUUGUUUUCCCUUACCUGGUUCCAAGGAAUAAUCGGGGAGUGCAGCUGUGUAUCGCCAUAAGCAUCGCCUGCUUGUGUUGCCAUCGAGCUUUGAAUAUCCUGAUCCCGCAACAGCUGGCAGAUGUCACCGACAGCAUCUUUGCCAACAAGACUCCAUAUGCUUCCUUAGGCAAGUGGGCCUUGUUGCAGCUCAUUCGCAGUGGAGCUGGUCUGGGGUUAAUCGAGGCAUUCGUCAAGAUCCCGAUUCGACAAUUCUCCUAUCGCCAGAUCACCAAUGCUGCCUUCAGCCACGUCAUGAACCUGUCCAUGGAUUUCCACAUCGACAACGACUCGGCAGAAGUCAUGAAAUCCAUCGACCAGGGCGGGGCCCUCAAUAAUUUACUGGAAAUGGCCAUUCUUGAUAUUGUCCCCACAAUUGUCGACUUAUUCAUCGCCUGCUUUGUAUUUUACUUGAAGUUUAAUGUCUACGCCUCAUUGCUGGUGGUAGUUGCAUCCAUCACUUAUGUCUCGGCAGAGGUGUUUACCUCUAAUUGGAACAUGGAGCAGCGACGCGAACUCUCACAAACGCAGCGAGAUGAAACCCGCAUCAUGCACCAAGCCGUACAAGGCUGGCAAACGGUCACCUACUUCAACCAGUUCUUGUUUGAAAGGUCACGAUUUGGGGAAGCAGUUGAUCUUCGCCUAGGGGCAAGCGCUCGCUUUGGCCGCCGUCGGGCAGUUGGAAAGGCACUUCUCGACCUAAUCAAGCCACUAGCAUUCGUUUCUCUUGCCUCGCUAAUCAUACAUGAGAUCUCCGUGGGACGUGCCUCGACCGGAGACUUCGUCUUCUUCAUUCAGUACUGGUCGUCGCUUAUCUCCCCUUUGGCAUAUCUAUCUUCACAGUACCGCUGGCUUGUCUCCGAUUUGGUAGACGCCGAGCGUCUGCUCUUCUUGUUUCAUUCUAAGCCCAGUGUCAAUGACAAGGAAGAUGCUUUGGAUCUCAAGUGGGGUGAUGGCCGUGUGGAUUUCCGUAAUGUUGACUUUGCCUACGAUACCAGGCUCAGCACCCUCAAAAAUGUCGAUAUUUCUGUCGAUCCCGGAACUACGGUGGCCUUGGUAGGAAUGACUGGCUCCGGAAAGACAACCAUUCUUCGCCUACUGCUUCGACUUUACGACGUCACCACCGGGCGCAUCGAAAUCGACGGCCAAAAUAUCCGCGAAGUUACACUCAGCUCGCUACGUGAGACCAUCGGUGUCGUGCCCCAAGAUCCCGUCCUUUUCAACGCGUCUAUCAUGGAGAACCUGCGGUAUGCUCGGCCAUCUGCUUCCGACGAAGAGAUCUACGAGGCAUGUCGCGCCGCAGCCAUACACGAAAAGAUUCUCACUUUUGUAUCUGGGUAUGACACGAAGGUCGGCGAGCAGGGUGUGAAGCUGUCUGGUGGUGAGCUACAGAGAAUUGCUAUUGCUCGUGUUUUCCUCAAAAGGUCACCCAUUCUUUUGUUGGACGAAGCAACAAGUGCCGUGGACUCACAGACAGAAUCAGAGAUCCAAGUCGCAUUGGACCGACUGAGGGCUAAGCGCACUACAUUUGUCAUUGCACACCGGCUAUCCACUAUUGUUGGCUCUGAUCGCAUCCUUGUUUUGCACGAAGGCCAGGUCGUAGAGAGUGGGUCGCAUACUGAGCUGUUAAAGAAGGAGGGAGGAAGAUAUCAAAAUCUCUGGCAAAAUCAGUUUGGGGCCGGCAAACUGGGUGGAAAGCCUGCGUUGUAA